AUGGAGGAACUCGUCGCAAUGCAGCAGAUUGCGUUGCAGACAGUGGCGAAAGCCCUGUCUAAUUUCAAGAAGAUCGGGAAGCCGAAUUACACGCCGGCGAAAAUACGAUCUCGCAUCACCGCCUUGAAGGAAGCCUGGCCGCAGUGCACGAAUAGACAUGCCGCUCUACUGCAAGCAGUUCCUGCUCACGAACGAUCGAAGUCCACGUAUUUCACGCAGGACGAUUACGGGAAGCACGAGGAGCUCUACCUCAUGGCGCUGGACUACAUGAACGAGUGUCUGGAGGAGCUGGAGCCUCCCGUGUCCACCUCACCAUUGGCAAGCUCGUCGCAUCAUUUCUGCGCGCCCGCACCGGUAUCGUUGCAACAUUUACCGCCUAUUAAUAUUCCUCCAUUUUCCGGGAAAGCAGAGGACUGGAAAAGUUUUCGAGAUAGAUUCACAUCCUUUAUUAUUCUCAAUAAGGACCUAACCGCAUUCUCUCGGAUGCAUUUUCUAGCAUCCAGCUUGUCAGGUCGUGCUCUCGAUACUAUCAAAACUAUCCCAGUCACUGCAGAUAAUUUCGAUAUUGCGUGGAAAACUUUAACUUCGCGUUACGAUAAUAAGCGCCGUCUAAUCGAAAUUCACGCGUCCGCUUUAUGUAAUUUGCCGAGCGUCAAUCGCGAAUCGGCAUGCGAGUUAUCCGAGUUGCGGGAUAAAGCUAAUCGUGCCAUAGCAUCGCUAAAGAGAUUAAAUCGCUCCUCGGAUGAAAUUUUAAGUGACAUUCUAAGUCACCACGUCACGCAGAAGCUCGAUCCAGCAACCCGGAAGGCGUGGAGAUUGAAAGGUGAUGAUGCGAUAAUUCCUACAUACGAGGAUCUCGAUCGUUUUCUCGCGCAUCGCGUUCGCGCCUUGGAGGAGCUCACUCCUCUCGGCUCAGCCAAGUCCUCGCGAUCGGUAAAAUCGUCAAGCGCCAUGGUAGCGACGGCUUCGAUCUCGCCGUGUCCGCUCUGCAAAUCGGCCCACUUCUUGAAUAAAUGCCCUCAAUUCGUGCAGAAGAGUCCGAGCCAGAGAUUGGAGAUCGCGAAACAGCAUCAACGAUGCGUUAAUUGCUUCAGUGCUAAGCACGCCGUCUCAGCGUGUCCAAGCCGUUUUUCAUGUCGUCACUGUCAAAAACGACAUCAUUCCAUGCUCCAUCUUGACUCGGCCUCUUCCGCUACUGCGACAGUUAGUGCAUCCGAUUCCGAGACCCCGGCGUCGAACAAUUCCGAUAAGUCUCCGAAAACAGUGGCAUUAUGCGCGAUCUCGGCAAAUCUCGCCCGACCGCCGGUAGUCCUCGCCACUGCACGCGUGUUCGUCGGACCUCUCGCCGGUCGUCAAGUCGCUGCACGAGCAUUGAUUGACACCGGAGCGGAACUCACACUCGUUGCGGCUCAUUUAGCAAAAAAAUUAAAAUUGCGUCAGUUCAUACUGCCUACCGCCUUGUCCGCCGUCGACGGCCUUGACGCGGGCAUUCAUCGUUACGCCGCGCACAUUCAAAUCUCACCGAUCGACGGGAUCGAGCCGCCGGUCGUUACAACAGCGACGAUUUUAAGUUCGCUUGCUAGUUACUCGUCAGCGUCUAUUCAAUCUCCUCUUCAAUGGGAUCAUCUCGCGGAUCUCACUCUCGCAGAUCCAAAUUCUUCAAGUACAGAUCCCAUUGAUCUCAUAAUCGGCGCUGACAUCUACCCAGACAUAAUGCGAGAUGGCGUUCGCAGAGGAUCUCGCGGUCAGCCUAUUGCUCAAGAAACGAUCUUCGGCUGGAUUGUUCAAGGCCGCACGCCUCUGUCGAAUUCGUCUCGUCGGACCAUUACAGUGCAACAUUGUACGAUCGCGGAAUCCGUUUCACUCGAUAGCGAAUUGAGAAGAUUUUGGGAAAUCGAGGAAAUUCCGAGGCACACGAUACUCAGCCCGGAAGAGCAGAGAUGCGAGAAUCAUUUUUUAACUUCUCAUUCGCGCACUCCCGCCGGUCAGUACAUCGUUCGUCUGCCGUUCAAGAGUGGUCCUCCCAUCGAUAUUGGUACCUCGCGCGAUGUAGCGGAGCGAUGCCUCAAGACUUUGCUACGCCGUCUUCAAGCCAAUUUCGAUUUAAAAAGGGAGUACUCAGACUUCCUACAAGAGUAUGAAAAUCUCGGGCACAUGCGCAAGGCUCCAGAAUCUUCAGAAUCUUCUCAAUUCGUCUAUAUUCCGCACCAUCCCGUAAUACGCGAAAGCAGUGCGACGACUCGAGUAAGAGUCGUAUUCAAUGCGUCGAGCCCCACCUCGAAUUCUCGGUCACUUAAUGACCACCUUCUCGCAGGGCAGAAAUUACAAACGGACUUGGCUGCGGUGCUUUUACGCUGGCGACAGUAUCGCUACGUUUAUUCUGCCGACGUCGCAAAAAUGUACCGGCAGAUUCGCGUCGAUCCCCGGGACACAGACUAUCAAAGGAUCCUCUGGAUCGACGAGAAAACCGGAAGAGUACAAGAGUAUCAGCUCUUGACCGUAACCUACGGUACAACUUCGGCGCCGUUCUUAGCUUUGCGAGUCCUGCAGCAGCUCAUCCAUGAUGACGGUCGCGAUUUUCCUCUAGCUGUUCCCGUGCUUAAGGAGAACAUUUACGUGGAUGACGUGCUUUUCGGUGCGGACGAGAUUUCACUCAUCCGUACGGUUCGCAAUCAAGUGUGCUCCUUGCUGCAACGCGGUCAUUUCGAAUUAAGAAAAUGGUCGAGCAACGCGGCUCAUUUGCUAAGUGACAUUGACGCGCAAGAUCAUGGACUCGCUUGCAACAAGGAUCUACAUCCGGACGAGACAUUAAAGGUGCUCGGUAUUAGUUGGAGUCCGUCGGCUGACGCAUUUCAAUUUAGAGUCGUGCGCUGUCCCUCGCCCGCGCGAACGAAGCGCGCCAUGCUCUCGUACAUCGCUCGUAUGUUUGAUCCGUUGGGCUUAGGCACGCCCGUUACAAUCUCCGCGAAAAUUCUCUUGCAAAAGCUAUGGCAGCUCCGCGUCGACUGGGACGAUGAGGUUUCCACCGAUAUCGCAAGGCAAUGGGAAUCUGUGCAAUCGUCCUUGCUAGAACUCGAUAACUUCCACCUCCCGCGGUGGAUUCAAAAGGGAUCGGACACGGUCGACUGCGAAAUCCACGGGUUUUUGGACGCGUCUAACUAUGCCUACGCCGCAGCGAUUUAUAUUCGGCUCACCUCUCGCUCAGGCAACAUCACGACUGCCUUGCUAGUCGGAAAGUCAAAGGUCGCGCCGAUCAAGACAUUGACUGUUCCGCGUCUCGAAUUAUCGGCAGCCGUGUUAAUGUCGCGAUUAACGAGGUUCGUCAUGGACGCAUUGCACAUUACCUCCGUUCCCUGCUUUUGCUGGACGGACUCAACCGUCGUGCUCGCGUGGGUCACACAACAUCCCUCGAAGUGGAAGACUUUCAUUUCGAAUCGGGUUGCCGAAAUUCAAACCCGACUUCCGUCCGCUUCGUGGCGAUAUGUUCCCACGGAUGAAAACCCCGCGGAUUGUGCGUCGCGAGGAGUCUCGGGAAGUCAGCUCGUCUCGCAUCCUCUUUGGUGGCACGGUCCCGCGUGA